GACAUUUUGUCAUUGUCAAUCUUCGGAUUGUCGUUGACGUUGCCUCUAGUUGAUGUCGUAAUUUUGUCUAAACAUUCAAUUAAUUCACUUAUUUAAAUCUAUUAAUAGUUCAAGUUCAUUGUGAUAUUACCUUAUAAUGGGUAUAAAAGAAGCUAAUAUUUAUUUAGAUAAUCAAUGGAACACGUAUUACGCUGGGCAAACCAUCAAUGGAAGAAUAGAAUAUGUGUUUGAUAGUCCUAAAAAAGUCCGAGGUAUCCAUGUCAAGUUUAAAGGAGAGGCUCAUACAGAAUGGUGUGAAAGUAGAAAUCAAGAAACUUCCGAUGGGAAGACAGAAUCGACUGAUACCAUGCACACCGGGCACGAGGAGUACUUCCAAGUGUCAUACUAUUUGCUGGGAAGCAACUCAGGAAACGAAAUAGAAAUCCCGGCUGGUAAGCAAGUGUAUAACUUCACUUGUGCCUUACCUCCUGUUUUACCUUCAUCCUUCGAGGGUCAGUAUGGGUAUGUCAGGUAUACAGUCAAAGUGACCCUGGACCGGCCCUGGAAGUUUGACCAAGAGACAAAGAUGGCAUUUACUGUGAUCAAUGCAUUUGAUUUGAAUCUCAACCCUUCUUAUAAGGAACCAAUCCACAUUCAACUAGAGAAGACAUUCUGUUGCUUCUGUUGCGCCUCCCCUCCACUGUCAGUUGAUGUGCAAGCUCCGGUGUCAGGCUAUGUGCCCGGACAGAAGAUACCUAUAAGAGUAGAGGUAGACAACAAGAGUAAUGUCCAACUGCAUCUCGUCAAGGUUUUCUUGAGAAAGGUGGUAACAUACAGAGCCACAUCACCUACAAAUCAGACGAAGAAGAUCAAAGAUGUAGUCCUGACGAUACAAGAAGGGCCGGCGCCCGCAGGAACAACGAAGAGUUGGGACCUAACUAUGGAAGUGCCGCCCAUACCGCCGUCCGAUCUAGUCAACUGUAACAUCAUUGAUUUAGACUACGAUUUCAAGGUGGAAUGUGUAGUAUCGGGUAUGCAUUUGAACAUGAGUGGCAAGAAAUAUAUCGCCAUCGGAACUGUACCGUUGGUCGGUAUGGUGGGUCAAGUGGCGCCCUCUGCACCACCACCAAACAACGCAGAAACCGGAGAGACAAGUCCAGGCUCGCCUAGUCAACCGGCUGUGCUGCCCGUCAGUCCCGGACAGCCUAUGGUGCCAUCAGCGCCAGGCGGUGACGCAGCUCCUGGAGGCUGGGUGAUGCCCGGAGCGCAGCCCGUGCAGCCGCCAUACCAAACAUUGUACCCGACUUUAACUACACCAGUUUACAAAGAAUCUCCAUACCAAGCGCGCACAAUUCAGGAGCGGGGAGAAUCCAACCACAUGUUGAUUAGAGGUCCGAAUAACUUCGCUCCGUACUAUCCUACUUACGCUGCCGUCCAGCCGCCGCCAUUACCUCAGUAAAAAAGAUCUGAUUGCAAUCUUUUAACGUGCAUUUUAUAAACAUUUAAUAUUAAAUUGAGAUGUUUUCUUGUAGAAAAAAAAAUUAUUGCUUUAAAAUACUCGAAAAUAAUCUCUCUUUCUAAAUUGUAUUGAUGAUAUGAAGUAUUACUCAAGUAUUGUAAUUUUUUAAAAAUAUUAGUGGAGGUAAAAGUAUGUGACAAUACAAAAUAUUGUACAAAAUUGAUAGAAUAUUGUCGCAUUUAGAUAAUGUUUGGUUUGUAUUGAAUUUGGCUAGUUGAAAACAUCUCAAUUGUAAGCAACAUUUACAAAUAUUUAUAGAAGUAAUUAUAUUCUUAAUUUUAAGCUUUUAAUCGCCUUUUGGCAUUGUCAGUGUAGUUAGGUUGUGAUACUAACGUUGAUGUUACGGAAUAAAGAACGCUAUAUUGCCACGCGUAAGGUUCAAUUUGCAAUUUGAUGAUACUUAAAUUGGCUUUAUAUGUGCAAAAACAUUGGCUUAGCAUUCGGUGUCUCGUGGUAGAAAAGCGGUAGGUAUGCUUGUACUAAAAUUAAUUCGAACCUUUAUGCAGUUUUGAAGUAAUUUUUUUGCAUCAAUAAUUGCAAAACGAAAUUGUUUUUAAUGUUUUUGAUUGGAAUGUUCUGGACUGAAAAGACAAAGUAUUAAAAAAGUCGAAAUUAAUCUUAAGGUGUAAGAUUUAAGUGUAAUCAGUAAUCGCACAAUUUUUCUUUUAUAUGAGUAUUUAAUGCUACCUUUUUGGGUAAUAACUUAAUAAGAAAUAAAUAUCCGAAUGCAACUCCACAAUUUAGAUUAGUAUUCGUAAUAAAAGAACUUCGAUAGUAGAAUUUUAAUAUGAGAGCUUAACGCAUCGAAAAUAUAUUUGUAAUAUAACGAAAUAGGCAGCUUUUCAUUGAUGUCAUUGUUAAUCAAGGUCUAAAAGUAUCAUUCCGCAAAUUCUGUUUCCGAACCGGCCUAUAAAAAGCUUUAAGACAGUGCCAACUUGACAAUAUUUUGCGUUCAAAAUGAAUCUUAUAAACAUAUUUUAUGUAUAAGUUAUAAAGCACAUUGUAUAUGAUAUUGUUUUGUAAUCUCGUUUUUAUUUUCAAAGUUUAAUUUUGUUAACAAUAAGAUAAUUUAUAUACGUAUCAAAUGGUAUAUUUAUCUGUAGGUUGGUCGCAUUUUGUAUUCCUCUAUUAACCAUAAAAGAAUUGAGAUAUUGAUAUUAUUGGUUAUGUAACAAUAACGAUAUUGUUUUUACAAAUAAAAUUGCAUUAUGUUUAUGA